AAAAAUAGAAAGGAAAAUUGUAUCCCACCGUUCAAACAUCCAAGAACGAAAAGAACUCCCCCGAUUCUAGGGUUUCUCACGCGGGACCUGGGGGUUGCUGCGGCGAGGCAUAGCGUACCGACGGCGGAGCAGGAUACGCGGCGGCCUCAAGCGGAAGCGGCGGCGGUGCAUCUUCUGGGAUCAGAAAGAAAAAGUUUUGUCGUAAUGGGGCUAUUCAAGGGAAGCUUCACAUUUAUUCUGGGAAUGGGAUGUGGUGUCUAUGUAGCUCAGAACUACAGUGUUCCAGAUGUCAAGAAGUUGUACAAUACGUACUCUUUCGUGGCACAGUACCUUGAAAAAACUUACCGUAAGCCAGAGAAAGAGGAAGACUGAUUGUCAUUCCAUAGGUUCUUGCCACACCCCCAGGGAAUGCAUUAGUAUAGUUCUUGCAUGACUCAGAGUAUGUGCUGUGUAAAGGUCGUUUUCUUCUUUCAUGGUUGAACUAUGAGGGCUUAUCUUGACCAGUUAGGGAAUUCUAUUGUUGGAACAAUUUUGGGAUUGUUUGAAAAGCAUAACUUGCUACGUGUUGUUGGGAUAUGAACACUCCCUUUUGGUAGUUUUUUAAUUUACGAUAUCAAAGAGCGGCACUGGAUA